AUGGUACUCGACCCAGUGGUGGCAGAAGUCAGGCUCACCAAGGUGCUUAUCGAUGGGGGCAGCGGCCUCAAUCUUAUCUUCGCCAGCACGCUAAAAAAGAUGGGGCUCAACUUCACGGAGAUGCUGACUCCAAGCAAGUCUCCGUUCUUCGGUAUUGUUCCAGGCAAUGCCUCCCACCCGCUCGGUACGGUCAUCCUCCCAGUCACCUUCGGCACGAGGGAGAACUACCUUACCGAGUUCAUCAAAUUCGAGGUAGCCAACUUCGAAUCCUCUUACCAGGCCAUACUCGGUCGGCCAGCACUUGCCAAAUUCAUGGCAGUACCGCACUGCGUAUACCUGCUCCUCAAGAUGCCAGAGAAAAGGGUGUUCUCACCCUCCGAGGCGACUUGA